GCUCUUACAGAAGACUGACGGACUGUGAGGAACCUGCCAGCAGAUCUGUACAGAAUCUGGAUCCAAGGCGCUACUUUUGUUCUUCUCGUACUCUCCAUUCCUCUCUCAUUAAAAGGAGGUUCUUGGAGUGCCAGCCAAAAUCGAAGGCCGUCAGACCCCGAGAGGACACUGUAGUCAGAGGUAACCAUGACAAACCCUUGCACUGUGGCUCUGGAAAUUCUGGGUAUGCUGAUUGGGAUGGGGGGCUGGUUUUGUUCCCUGGCAGCCACCAUUAUGCCUAAGUGGCUGUUGCUUUCUACUGAACUAAUGGUCUUGGUGAGCUUCGAACAGGGGCUUUGGGAGUCCUGUGUGUUUCAUGAGGUGGUUGGCACAGAGUGCCGUCCUUAUGACACUAUCCUUGGCCUCGAACCCACAUGGAUGCUGGUCCGUGUUCUGAUGUGCCUGUCGGAUGCCACAUGUCUUUUUGGACUUCUUCUUGCCAUCCCUGCCAUGAGUCGGAUCAAUUGCUGUAAGAGUGAAGAAGGACGACGGACCAAACAAGGUUUGAAGAUCACGGCGGCUGUGUUUUUAUGUAUCGCUGGAUUGUUGGUGCUCACUCCCGUUUCCUACGUUGCUCAUGAUGCUGUUAUGAAGUUCUCCGAUGAGACCACACCUCAUGUGUUGUCACGUUCAGAGUUUGGGUAUGCGCUGUUUGUCGGAUGGGCUGCAGGAAUUCUUGACAUUGUGGCAGCAGUCAUGUUAUUAUUUACCUCUUGCACUGACUCAAGAUACAGUGAAACACAUCUGGUGUCUUACCAUCAAAGGCAGGAGAACAGAACUGUUGAUGGUUCGAGAAAACACACUGAGUAUGCAUGAGAUGAUUCUUCUCACAGACCUGAAAUGACUGUUAAUGUUUAUGGGAAGGAAAAAACUAAUUAUAUUUAGAUUCAAUGUAUACACCAAUCAAACCAAUGAAACUGGUAAAGCAAUAUUAUGAUGCACUUAUCCUUCAGUAUCUGAGUACACUGUUUAAUUAUGUCUUAUCAAUCAUUUUUUUAUUUGCCAAUAUUUUUUCAGUUCAUUUAUUACAGAUAGUGAUUGUAAAAAAACGCAAUAACCUUUUUCUUCACUUUUAUCGAAAUGUAUUCACAAAUAUUGUCUAUAUAAAUGUUUUUAGAUGCAUAUAUAUAUAUAUAUAUAUAUAUAUAUAUAUAUAUAUAUAUAUAUAUAUAUAUAUAUAUAUAUAUAUAUACACACACACACUACAGAACUACAGAACAUUUUUCAUUUUCUUAUCCUCCACUUUUCCACACAGCUCAGGUAUGUUUUUAACAUGCGCUAUCAAAACAAUACCGAAACAAUUAGAAACAAUUGAAUCAAGAAGCCAACAUGUGCCACUUAAAUGUCUGUAGUAAUCAAAAUAUAAAAUGCAUGAAUAUAUUUUUCUGACUUUUUACAGACCUAUCACAUAUAAACACUGCUGUUGGCCAUAUAUUUGUGGAUUCUAGUGUAUUUUCUAGUGUAUAUUGCCCACAGUAUAACAUAUUAACUUUAUAACAUAUUAACCCAUCUUUCUUAAGCUGAUGCUGUACAGAUUGUUGACAAGGACUGUGUAAAAGACAAAAUACGGAAUGUUCUCUUUUCUUUGGCACAUAUGCUCCAAGACAGCAUGCUGAAUUUCCUCUCUCACGGCCACAAAAUCAGAGAAAAACACUUACCAGAGAAAUUUGGAGCUGGUGAGGUUUGCCUUGUGUUGACAGCUAGGGCAAAGGAGAGGAAACACCAGACCACUUUUGUUUUCUUGAGUUUUAGUUGAAAGUUGAGGUAUUUUACUGGAAAAACCUAAAAAUAAAUAAAUAAAAAUUCUGAGCUUGAUCGUUUUGUUUCAUUUGCUUGUGUUGAUGUAUAAUGACAGAAGAGGACCUUCAUGAUCAACAUUUAGGGGCCUGUUUAGGGAUUUUCCAAGCUGCUGGAUGUCCUGUAGAUGGCCUAUCAUCUCAGGAUAAGUGCUUCCUCUCUCAG